UCUGAACUUACAAGCGGCGGUCUUAAUAGUAUCUUUGUGUUUGCGUCUCGUAUGGUGGUAAAAUGUGCGUUAGUGGAAUGAAGUUUAUUUUGAAGAGUUGCUGACGAAUACCGUCGUACUUAAUACAUAAAUGGCCGUGAACAGUGGCGGCCUCCCUCCUGGCUAUCCGCCGCCUCCACCGCCGGGCUAUACUGGGCCGCCUAUGGCGCCACGAGGUCCGUUCCCGCCUCCGCUGGCAGCUGCGGCCGCGGUGCCGGCGACCGGCCACGGUGAUGUGAGGCUGCCACCCCCACCUUCUGUACCUCCGGCCAUGCCGCCCGUAUACGGGGGACAGCCCCCACUGUGGGCAGUACCACCGGUUACGCCCUCCACGAUGGCGUCAACAGUGGUACCGCCGGUCAGCGUGCCGCCUGUCCUUCCCUCCUUGCCGGUGCCUGCAGUUCCCGGAACGGAACCCAAUAAACUUCUUCAGAUAAAUGGUGCUCGAGAUGGUCCUCUCGCUGUGCCAACUACUGAAGCCGCUGUGUCAGAAUCCGAAAAAAAGAAGACGGACUGGACGGAGCACAAGGCUCCGGAUGGCCGCACGUACUACUACAACAGCACCACUCGCCAGAGUGUGUGGGAGAAGCCUGAUGAUCUGAAAACACCGGCAGAGCUCCUGCUAUCAAAAUGCCCAUGGAAGGAAUACAAGUCCGAAAGUGGCAAGACGUAUUACCACAAUGUUGACACCAAAGAGUCGCACUGGACUAUGCCUAAAGAGCUGGAAGAGAUAAAGGCUAUGAUUGCUGCAGAGGAAGCGGCAAAGUUGGCAACCGUCUCUCGCCCACCUCUGGUCCCGCCCAUAGUUGCAACCGCUGCUAUGAGUCCCGGGAUCGCGCUUCCACCUGCCAUCCCGCCUGUGGCAGUCCUGCCUCCUCCCGGCACCGUACCCCCUGCGGUGCACACUCCCCCGGCCACGAUCGCCGCAGUGACACCUGCGGCAGCUGUCGGUGCGAGCGGGACGCCUCCCCCGGCUGCUGCGGCUACUGCCGACACGGCAGCAGCUGGUGCCACCGGCUCGUCUGCCCUCGACCAGGCUAUGGCUGCCACACUUGCCGCCAUCAACAGCACGCCCACAAAGACGCCGACGCCCGACACUGCAGAGGAAGAGAACAGCGUGUCAACACCUAAGGACUCUGAGUCAGGGAGCAGAACGAGUACACCGGAGCCAAAGAUGGUCUUCAAGGACAAAAAGGAGGCCAUAGAGGCUUUCAAAGAGCUGCUCAAGGAUAAGGAUGUUCCUAGCAACGCUUCGUGGGAAGCAGCAGUGAAGUUGAUUGCCAAUGAUCCACGGUACCCCGUGCUGAAGAAACUUAAUGAGAAGAAGCAGGCAUUCAACUCGUACAAAACUCAGCGCCUGAAGGAAGAGCGGGAGCUCCAGAGGCAGCGGACGAAGAAAGCUCGCGAGGACUUUGAGGCGUUCCUCACUAACAAUGAGCGUGUCUCGUCCACGACAAAGUAUUACCGCUGUGAGGACAUGUUUGGCCACAUGGAUGUGUGGAAGAAUGUCUCCGAAUCGGACCGUCGCGAUAUCUAUGAAGAUGUUAUCUUCAACUUGGCCAAGAAAGAGAAGGAAGAAGCGAAAAUAAUGAAGAAGCGGAACAUGAAGCGCCUGGCCGAGGUACUGGACUCGAUGAUGAACAUCCAGUACUCCACGACGUGGCAGGAGGCGCAGCAGAUGCUUCUGGACAACCAUGAGUUUGCAGAUGAUGCUAACCUGCUGGGUAUGGACAAGGAAGACGCCUUGAUUGUAUUCGAAGAGCACAUACGGCAGCUGGAGAAGGAAGAGGAGGCAGACAAGGAACGGGAAAAGAAGCGCUCAAAGCGGCAGCAGCGGAAGAACCGUGACGCGUUUGUGACGCUGCUGGACGAGCUGCAUGAGCAGGGCAAGCUGACCUCGAUGUCACUCUGGGUUGAGCUGUACCCCACCAUCAGUGCCGACCUGCGCUUCUCCGCCAUGCUCGGCCAGCCUGGUUCCACACCCCUUGAUCUCUUCAAGUUUUAUGUUGAGGACCUCAAAUCAAGGUUCCAUGAUGAGAAGAAGAUAAUAAAGGAAAUAUUGAAGGAAAAAGGCUUUGAAGUGCAGGUGAACACAUCAUUUGAAGACUUUGCAACAGUGGUUUGUGAAGACCGAAGGUCGGCCAAUCUGGAUGCAGGAAAUGUCAAACUCACCUUCAAUGCAUUCCUCGAAAAGGCUGAGGCUCGGGAAAAGGAGCGGCUGAAGGAGGAGACACGCCGCCUUAAGAAGCUGGCAGCCAGCUUCAAAACUUGUAUGGAAGAAUAUCAACAUGAAAAUGAAGAAGCUUGUAGCCAUCACCACUCAAGGUCAAAGAAGUCUAAGAAAAAGAAGAACCGUAGACGAUCUCAUUCACGGUCUCGAACGUACAGUCAACAAAGUGAUUCGGGCCCAGAGGAGGGCCAGCACCCGAGCAGCCGAAGUCGCGGCAGCCGGCGCCAGAGGCACGGCCACAGCCGGUCGGGCAGCAGCUCCGACACUGCGGGCGCCUCGACCCGCCGCGCGCACCACAAGAAGAGCCGAAAGAAGCGCGUCCGGUCCGCCUCUCCACCCGCGUCACCUGAUGAGAACCACCACCAUCACCACCACCACCACCAUCACCAUCACCACCACCACAGGCCAGACGACGUGUCCGACGAGGAAGCUCGACGACGCCACCAUUUCCCCGAGAAGAAGGGUGCCACCACGCCGCCGGAGGACCCACCUGAGUCUUCGGAGGAGGAGGGGGCAGUGGUGGACGGUGACGAGAGCGGGAGCGGCGGCAGGGAGGAGGGGGAGGAGUUGCCAGGGGAGGGGCGCGCGCCGCGGCGAGAGGAGCCGCCGCCACCUGCCUCCCCCCACGAGGAGGGGGAGCUGAGCGAGGACGAGCUGGAGCAGCGGCGGCUGGUGCUGCUGAGGCAGCUGCAGCAGGAGAACUGACCACGGGGGCGCGGCCGGGAUCACCAACUGCAGAAAUGGCCACAGUUCUGAUCCGAGUCGUGCCUAAAGCCACACCCCUGUUGGACUUUCCAGCCACCUGAAGUGAAACAGUCACUGGAAUAGGAACACGUGCCAAUAGAGAUGCUGUGAAACUCUUUCACAUGAGAACUAUGAUGGUUUGCACAAUACACUUACUGCCAGACAUUUUAUCAGACAGAAGAAUCAUUGACUGUAAAGAGUCUGCAUACAGAAUAAUGAGCUUGUACCUGCACUGAUUAUUUCAGUGCAUAUUUACUCUCAGUAUCAGUAUUUACUCUUUGUUCUACCAGUUGCUUACAAUUGUCAUAAUUGUGUGUUUUCCUAACUGGAGGAAGUUAGGUUUUGACAAAAAUUACACUUUUAUUUUUUAAAUUUAUUGGUCUUUAUAUUAUGAAAGUACACAUUAAUUUUGAAGACAUUUAUUUAAAUUGGGAAGUGAAAAAUUACUAGUUGUGCAAGUUCAACAAAGGACUUAAUAUAUGUAAGGUACUGGAGUUGAAUAUAAUUAAAAUUUAAAACAUGAGAAGCAUCCCAAACCAUAAGAUGAAAAUGCAGUACCAGGUAGUGUGUGUGUUGCUUGUGUCUAGUUUUUGUAUAAGAAUUAAAAACUCAUUUUGGAAGUUGUUACCAUCUAAGAAUUAAUGUGUGCUGGGACAAGGAUAUCGCAGUUUUCAGUGUUUAUGCAUUUACUCAAUAAGUUUCCAGUUUCACACCUAAAUUAUGUUAGCAUCAAGCAAGCUCACAAGAAGAAAACAUUCAGUGACUGGACAUUUCUACAGGAGUUAGAAGCUCAUCACGUAAUGCUGCGAUUGAUGUUAAAUGGUUUUUGCCCAACAAGUUCAUAAAUACCAUUUGUGCAGUUAGUGAAUUGUAGUGAUCUAGUUUGCUUGACUGAAGUGCUUCUACAGUUUCUAAUCAUGCGACACUUGGUGUAGCGUAUUGUACGACCAUGUUUGUAAUUAUGUUCAGCGAACACAGUGGACGUCUGUAACUUUUAUACUGUCAAAAUAUGUACCGGAAGCAGUAAAAUAAAAUGAAUACUUUUCUAAGAAAAUGAU